AUGGUUCAUGUGGAAAGAGCGGUUUUUCAUUUCUAGAUUCCGAAAUAAAAAUGAAAAUCAAGAUCCGAGAAGCCCACAUGAGAAAAGGACAAAUCGAUGAGAUCGUGCUCGUCGGCGGGUCGACCCGGAUCCCGAGGCUCAAGGAGAUCCUCCGCGAGGCUUUUCCCAGCGGGACCAAAAUCUGCGAAACCAUCCAUCCGGAUGAGGCCGUGGCCUACGGGGCCGCGGUUAUUUCCGCCGUCUUGACAGGUUUUUUUUACUCUUCAAAAGUUUCUGAGAACCAAAACUUUGAAAAAUAGGAGCUUCCGAUAGAUAUUUCUGAACAAAAAAAUGAAUUUUUUUAAUAGGAAGUUUGAAAAAAAUUCCAGGUCUUUGAUUCAUAAUGAAGCAAAAGCAUUUUUCACGUUAAAAAAAUGAAUUUUUUUCGGAAGAUUUCAUAGAUUAUUGAUUUUCAAAUGGAUUUUCAGUAAGGACUUGGCGAAAAAAAUGUCAAAAAAAUAACCUUUUUUUCCAAGAGCCGAAUGUCUAAAAGGAGCUUCCAAGUGUCCCAGGAGAUAUUUCUGAACUAAAAACUGAUUUUCUAAGGGUAAACUUGAAAAAAAUUCCAGGUGUUUCUAUAUUCAUAAUAAAAGCAAAAGCAUUUUUUUCAAGUUAAAAAAAGGAAUUUUUUUCCGAAGAUUUUAUAGAUUACUGAUUUUUUUUAAUGGAUUUUCAGUGAAGACUUGGCGAAAACUGUCAAAAAAACUUUAUUUUGCAAAAAAAUAAUCCAUCUGUUUUUUUCCGUGUACCUAUUCAUGAAGUAAGGUUCUGGUGAAAUGAGUAAAUUCAUACAUUUUUUUCGAAGUCGCCCGAAUUACUAAAGUGGUCACUCAGGAGUGGAAAAGGUGCAGCAAAAGUUUGAUUAAACAAAAAAACCUUUAUUUACUGUUUUUCGAGGGCUUUUCCACAGAUCUUGCUUUCAUAUGGAAAUGAAGAAAGUUCUGACAUUUUUUUAAUUUCCUCGAAUCACUCAAGUGAUCACUUAGGAAUGGAAGAGGUGCAUGAGCGGUUUAAUCAAUCAAAAAAAUUGUUCAUUAUUUUUUUCUAGCAUUUUUUUCUACUGACCCUGCUUCUGUUAAAAUGGAGAAUUUAAAAAAAUUUUUUUAACCCCAAAUCACUCAAGUGAUCACUUAGGAUUGGAAGAGGUGCCGGAGAGGUUUGAUCACGCAAAAAAAUCAAAUCUUGCUUUUUUUGUGUUUUUUUCAAAGAGUGUUCCUAUUAAAAAUAAAGAACUUUCUAAAAAAAUAAUUUAAAAAUUCCAUAAAACCACUCAAGUGAUCCCUCAGGAGUGGAAGAGGUGCAGGACAUGCGAAUGAACGACAUGAUCCCUCUCUCGAUCGGAAUCGAAUGCAAGAGGAAUUAUAUGAGCGUCAUGAUCAAAAGAGGUGAUUUUAAUCAAUCAAAAAUCAUUGCCGAGGUGUUUAAAGGAGCACGGGCACAUUACAAAAAAAGGGUCUCGAAGCGAAAAGCCAUUUUUUUCUUUAUUCCUGAACAUUCAACACCUUAGCAAAGAUUUUUGAACAGAAAUGAUAUUUUCAAAAAAAAAUGAGAAAUUCAGGGACUUAUUUCCCCUGCAAACACACUAUGGUCUACCAGAACACGCACGAUUUUCAAACCGUCAUUGAUAUUUCGAUUUAUGAAGGUAUAGUUUAUAAGGAAAUAGGUUUUUGGAGAUUUCUAGAGUUUGAAAAAGAAUGAGCUGAAAAAAAAAUCAAAAAACCCAGAAUUCGGGCAUGGUGGUAAUGGCCGCCAAAAGGGAGGAGAGGCUCAAAAAAGGCAGCAAAAAGGUCGCAAAAAGGCCGCAGAAAAGCCGCAAAAAGGCAGCAAAAAGGCAGCAAAAAGGCCGCAGAAAGGCCUCAAAAAGGCACCGAAAAGGCAGCAAAAAGGCAGCAAAAAAGCAGCAAAAAGGCCGCAGAAAGGAAGCAAAAAGGUACAAAAAAGGCCGCAGAAAGGUCGCAGAAAAGCUUCAAAAAGCAAAAAGGCCGCAAAAAGGCAGCAAAAAGGCAGCAAAAGGGUUGCAGAAAGGCCGCAAAAAGGCCGCAAAAAGGCCGCAAAAAGGCAGCAAAAAGGCAGCAAAAGGGUUGCAGAAAGGCCGCAGAAAGACAGAAAAAAGGUACAAAAAAGGCCGCAGAAAGGCCUCAAAAAGGCCGCAGAAAGACAGCAAAAAGGUCGCAAAAUAGCAGCAAAAAGGUCACAAAAAUUCCGCAGAAAGAAUCCCUUUAUCGAGCCUUCCAUUUUUCUAGGAUUUUAAAGGGUCGAGAAAUGGUGGAGAAAGGGAGAGACAGCAAAAAUGGUGCAUAAGGGCUGAGAAAAUGGCUCAAAAUGGCAGCAAAAAGGGCCCUUCAUCACCCUAAAAGAAAAAUUUUAUGGACCGGAGGGUCCUUCCGACUUUGCCUAUGAAACGUUUUGUCAUAAUGAUUUAUAUAUUUUGUCAUUUUUUUCUUCGAUUUUUUUGUAUCUAGUUUCAAAUGGGUCUGUAAUUUUGUCGAUAUUUUUUUAGUUCAAAAAAAGAAUAUUUUUUUGCAAGUUCACGUUUUUUUCCGAAGGUCGAUAUUUUAGUUAAAAAAAUGAAAAAAAGUAUCCAGGAAGUCCUACGUUUCAUGAGCUAUAUAUAUGUCCCUCUAUUUAUUUAUUUUUUGAUUUGGAUAAACUUUGUCACGAAAAAAACUCUAAUCAGAAAAAUCCGCUCUUUUUAGAGCCUUUUUUUCUAUUUUUUUCAACGUUUCUUUCUUUUUUUGAUUUUCUAUUUGAGGAUAAAAAAACAAGUAUCCAGGAAACUCUGUUUUUUCAAUCGAGUCAAUUUUUUUCAGAUUUACAGAUAAAUAUCAUAAUUAUAUAUCUCUAUAAUGAAAAUUUUUCUCCCCAAGACCUUUUUUUGAAAAAUCUUACCAUGCUCCUUUAAAAAUCACCGGAAUUUUCAUGAAAUAAGGUCGAAAAAAAGCUGAGAUUUGAAAAAUAUAAUUUUUAUAUUUUUUUAUCUGAUAUAUUGAUUUUUUUUUUUCAUCACUGGCGGUUUUCCUUCCCUUUCAAUUAUUUUUUAUCACCCCGUUCUUAAAUUUUUUUAAUCUAGAACAUCUUUGAAAAAUUAUUUUUCACAUACAGGCUUUUGAAAAAGUUCAAAAAGUCAAUUUUCUCUUUCUCCGGGUAAAUUUUCUCCAAAUUUCCAGGAGAACGGGCCCUUUGCGCGGCCAACAAUCACCUCGGCAACAUUUCUAUGUCGAUUGAGCCGAGAAGACGUGGGGAAACGAUUAUUGAGGUGAGAAAAUCGUUUUGACUCUCUGAAAACUCGAAGAAUUUGGAGAUUUAAGGUUUUUAACUAACUAAAGGACAUGAAGAUGUCUAGAAAAGUUUUUAAAAAAAGCUCAGUUUUUUUUUGGCGGGAAAAAAAAUUCAGUCAAAAAAUUUUUUGAUCAUUUUUUGUUCAUCGUAUUCACAUUUCAGCUGCAUAAAUAAUGAAAUUUUAAAAAAAUCGGUUUUUUUCCAUGUUUGGAUUCUUAUAUUUCAGACGAAGAGUACUGUAACCAUAUGAAUUUGAUUUGCGAAAUAAUUACUCUUCGAUUCGAAGGUGACUCUGGAAGUCGACCACAACGGAAUCCUGCAAGUGACGGCGGUCGACGUCAACACGAAAGCCGCCAUCAGCGCCCCGAUCCUCUACGAUCACUGCACCUACACCCGGGUUUGCCUUUCCGUUGUUCUCUAA